AUGAUAUCCUCAUCAAGCAGCUUCUCCGGUUCCUACUCUUUCACCAAGUCCAACAUUGAUCAAGAAGGAUGGGUUAAAAGCAUGCGUAAAUCCAUCGUCGAACCCGAUGAUGAAGAAAUAUCUAAAAUUCCGCAAGUAGCGUUAGGUCCUUUCCACCAUUGGCGCGAGGAGGUAUACGACAUGCAAAAGUACAAGCUUGAUGCAGCACGACGUACCCAGAAAUUCAUGAAUACUAGCUUCGAAUACAUCGUGGAGUCGAUGAUGAAACAAGAUGAGGCUAGAAUCCGUGCUAGCUAUCAUAAAUUUCUUGAUAUGUCUGGAGAGGUACUGGUUUGGAUUUUGGCUGUUGACAUGGCGUUUUUACUGGAGUUCCUUCGCGUGUAUUCCAUGAAAGAACAACGUCGAACACUUGAGAAGGUUUCAUCCUCGAUGUCUCAUUUGGUGGAUGCCUCCGCGAAGAAACUGUCUCAUAUGGCGAUUCUUCGUGACUUGGUUAUGGUGGAGAACCAAAUCCCAUUGUUUCUGAUGAAGACGAUGUUGGAGCAAAAUCUUCGAGAUAAUGAAAAGAAAUCCGCAGCAGAGACUUUGAAGUUGAUGCUGAUGGGGUUGUACCACGAGCUUUCUCCAUUUAAAGAACAAGAGUUGCCUGAUAUUGACAUCGACGACUGCGAUCACCUUCUCGACUUUCUUUACCACAUGACUGUACCAAACAACAAAGAACUCCAUAUCGAAGCCAUAGAGGUAGAGUAUGAAGGUAUCACCGAGGAAACCGGAGAUGGUGAUCAUGAUAAAGAAUCUUUCGCAAAACCUAGUGAUCUUCGACAGUUCAUGGAUUUUGUCUGGAAAAUCCUUUCCAAAUCAAACGCUGCUCUCUUAAAGAUUUUCAAGAAAAUAAUUUUCAGCAAGCCAGUUACAGUUGUAAUGAAACUGCCAUGGAAGAUCUUGUCUAACCUUCCUAUACUCAAACUCUUCAAAGAACCCGUAGAAACCAUGCUUAGAAACUUUCAUGGUGGAGGAGAGGAGAAAUCAAAAGACGAUAGUAACGAUUCCAAGGUGCCACUAAUAGAGGAAAUAAAGAUCCCGUCAGUCACCGAAAUGGCAAAAGCUGGGAUCAUAUUCUCACCCAUUAACGGCGGAAUCUUUGGAAUCAGCUUCGAUAACACAACAUCCACACUAUACCUCCCAGUAGUCAAUCUGGACGUAAACACAGAAGUUUAUUUGAGAAACUUGGUAGCAUACGAAGCCUGUGUUGCGGCGGGGCCAUUGGUGGUGGCCCGUUACACCGAGUUAAUGAACGGAAUAAUCGAUACUGAAGAAGACGCAAAGCUUUUGAGUAAAAGAGGGAUAGUUUUGAACCACUUAAAGAGUGAAAAGGAGGUUGCGGAUUUAUGGAAUGGCAUGAGCAAAUCUGUGAAAUUAACUAAAGUUCCGAAAAUGGAUAAAGUUAUUGAAGAUGUGAACAAAAGGUAUGCUAAAACAUGGAGAGUGAAAUUGUCUAAAUUCAUGAAGAAGUAUGUGUUUGCAUCGUGGAGGAUUCUCACUUUGUUGGCUGCUUUGUUUCUGUUGUUGUUGUCAACUGUACAAGCUCUGUGCUCUGUGUACAGCUGUGCUCGUGUGGUCAAUCAGCUACCAGAAAUACCUGAAGGGACUGUGGAGUGA